UAGUCUUAGUCAAAACCCUACACAACGCAUCUCUUAUUUAUACGAUAAACCCUAGCUGUUUUUUUCACUCCAAAACUCUAUUCUUUUCCUAAAUACCCUAAAACUUUAUUUCCAUCUCUAAUUUCUUCGAAGAUGACGCCGCGAGGAAGAGGUGGUUUUGGAGGUCGUGGAGGUAGAGGAGAUGGAGGACGAGGAAGAGGUGGUGGACGUGGAUUUGGUGCCCGUGGUGGAAUAAUGAAGCCCCGAGGAGGCGGGAGAGGUGGAGGUGGAAGAGGUAGAGGAGGUGGACGUGGUGGCGGAAGAGGUGGAAUGAAGGGUGGUUCCAAAGUGAUUGUAGAGCCUCAUAGACAUGCUGGCGUUUUUAUUGCGAAGGGUAAAGAAGAUGCGCUAGUUACCAAGAAUAUGGUUGCUGGUGAAUCUGUUUACAAUGAGAAGAGAAUCUCUGUUCAGCAAGAAGAUGGAACAAAGGUUGAAUACAGGGUGUGGAAUCCCUUUAGAUCAAAGUUGGCUGCUGCCAUUCUAGGUGGUGUUGACAAUAUUUGGAUUAAACCGGGUGCUAAAGUUUUGUAUCUUGGGGCUGCUUCUGGAACUACUGUGUCUCAUGUAUCUGAUGUUGUUGGCCCUGAGGGGGUUGUUUAUGCAGUUGAAUUUUCACACAGGAGUGGUAGAGAUUUGGUCAACAUGGCCAAGAAAAGGACCAAUGUUAUCCCCAUCAUAGAAGAUGCAAGGCAUCCAGCCAAGUACAGAAUGCUUGUGGGAAUGGUUGAUGUUAUCUUUUCUGAUGUUGCCCAGCCGGAUCAGGCUAGGAUUUUGGCCCUAAAUGCAUCAUACUUCCUUAAAGCUGGUGGUCACUUUGUCAUAUCAAUUAAGGCGAACUGUAUUGAUUCGACUAGCCCAGCUGAGGCUGUAUUUGCCGCGGAAGUGAAGAAACUACAGCUAGAGCAGUUCAAGCCCAUGGAGCAGGUUACACUUGAACCAUUCGAACGAGACCAUGCUUGUGUUGUGGGUGGGUACCGUAUGCCCAAGAAGCAGAAGAAUUGAUGUAAGGGACUAUAGUCUGUUUGCGGGAAGUUUAGUAUAGGUUGUUAUUGCUGUUAAAACUUAGUUUUGGCUUAGUUUUGUUAGAUACAGUGUCAAACUAGUUGUAGCUGGGUAUUAGAACUUUUAUAAAUCGAUCUUCUCAGAUGUAUUAUUUUUUUGAUUUAUUUGGUAGGCUGUUGAAUUAUCUCCGUUGAGAUCCGGAUAGAAGUAUCCGACAUCAAACGCUUCUGCUUUUCCUUGUUUUAGUCGAUGAUCAUUAUUUUGUGUGA